AGCAGGCGAUGUUGCUGCGGCAGGCCCGGCAGGCUCAGCAGGAGAGCCAGCAAGCGAGCAACGCCCACGCGGCCCCACAAACGCAGGUUUGCAGCGCCCAGCCCUCUCUGAAGCCGCAACUCCCUCUCAGAGCCGAGUACGGCAAACUGACUACACAGGCCCUCCACGCUCAUAACGCCCAGCACUCCCUCAACGCCCAUCACUUGGCUCGCAAACUUCCGUAUGCUCAACAGUCGCACAGCGCACAUCUCGCCCAAAGAUCGCUCAACGCGCGCCUUUCAAUCCACAGGCUGCUUGGGGAACCACAAGUCGACGACGGCGACCAGCGACGCCGCACCUCUUAGUCAAGGACGCUUGCGUUUAUUCCUUGGCCAGCAAAUACCCGGAACACGACAAAAUGUGACGCUGGUUUAAUUUUUUUUUUUUUACUAAUGUUGGUGAUGAAGUGUGAUAGUGAAGAAAUGAGGUUGAGGCACGGAACAGCAACACGGGAAGCUCACAUUACCGCUAAAAUAGCUGGACAAUUGCGAACCUGUACAUCUGCAAUUCCACCUCACCGCUUUUCUGAACAAAGUGUUUUAAUUUAUCGUUGUGCUUGUCUAAGAAAACUCUCCAGUAGAGGAAGUGCCUAAUUGUGGUUCAAAUAUUAUAGUUUUUCUUGUAGUAAUGUGAUAGUAAUGAGACUAUAUUGCGCAGGCUUGAGGAGCCUAUUUACCGAAUUCAAUUGAUCAUCUGGAAGAAUUGUGGUAGUGAAGGCUACGUGGUUGUGUAAGUUGCGUGUUUAGUCGUCUACAUGUAUUUCGCAGUUAUCCUACUUAGUACUCAAUGCGGCAAACCUUGUUAUUCCCUUACGCCCAAGUGGCAUCUAAAAGUGGCCAGAGGCGGGAAAAGCAACAACUUCGAACAUGGCAAAUGUGCUUCAGAAAUAUGCGAUUUUAUUGAAUUCUUCCCACAUCUGGCGACUGAAAUUGUAUGUGAGAAUGUAUGGGAACGCAUAAAUAGGCUAUAACUUGUGAUAAAUGUAAAAUUCAUUAAUUUAAUAAACCGUCCACUGCUUACAUCUCACACUAGGCAGUAAUAUCCAUGGUUGUGCCAAUUUAAGUCUGUGAAUACAUUUUAUCAUUUACCACAUCUAACAAACGUAUGAUAAAAUAAAGAUUUGUGGCAUAAUGAUAAUAUUCUUAAACUUGCCUAGGCGGUGAGAAUCGGUUAACAGAAUGAACCCUAAGAAGUGCUUCGAGGGUGAGGCAAAAUUUGCAUUUCGUCCGGCACCCAAAAUCAACAAAGGGGAAAUCUUGCUAGGAGAAAGCUCUCCCCUCGAGACCCGGCUGGUAGUAACUGUGACAAAGGUACCCACCCAUCUAGCGUCUACAAACCCACUAGAGGCGUUUUAUUGAAAUGAUUUGCUCUAGUAUACCUGUCUCAAAGUAGCAGGACAGGACUUUCUUCGGUAGUGUGAACGGCAACUUUUAUGUAUUUUAAGGACCACUAGAUUAAGCCGUAAUUUUUGUUGAUUUUUUUAAUUUAUGGACUGUUAUAGAUCUAGCGUUCAGAUUCCCAAUAUGAAAAUCGAAAAUCUCAUAGUGGACUUACCCUAAGACGGCAAAGAAACCAUUCUUAUUAAAAUGUGUGGAAGAGUGCUUUAUUAGAGUGGAAUUGCGUUCUAAUGUUUGUUUUCUUGAAAAUUUUACGGUACAUGCAAGGGCACUGAACUCGCUGGGUAGAGAUUGGUUUUUCUUUUGCCUUUCUGUGUAUUAGCACUUGGCGUACCGUUGAGAGUUAAUUGGUAAGCAACUCUUCGACCUGCGUAUACUGGUCUUCGCUUUAGAAAAGUGUAGGUAGAGUGGAGGUACGCUCCCUCUCGCGAUGGUGACCUGAAGACACGUCCCGCUCGAACGGGUUUCUUUUUAUCGUCUUGUACCGUCUUCGCAAUAAACGUUCGUCAACAAAGUUCUCAGAGCAUCCACACCAAUGAACAGGACUUACGGGUUGUAAUUGGCGCCUGAAGCAACUUUUCCAAUCCCAAGAAAAUGUUCUGAAAUUGAAGUUGUUUCAUAAAAUCGCCAAAUCUAGUAAGUCUCUCUUCAAAACGUAUAGCUCAGAGAAUUAAUAUAAAAAGAAAUAUUAUUUUAAGUUUACUCGCCAUACUAUUAAGUUUUGACCUAGUUCAAUUAAGUUAAUUUUUGUCUAGGACAACAGAAGAUUCAAUUGUGCUCACGAAAACAGAUUUUGUUAAGAUAUGUGCUGAAAAGACGGUAAUUUAAGAAACCGGAUAAAAACAUCUAUACUCUUAGUUAAACUAAGUCACAGGCCCUAUAUAACGAUACAGCAAUAUGCUGCCCCCGCUCAAUCGCACAUUUCUUCAUGCUAAAAUCAGUGGGAGUCAGACACAAUCUUAAAUUCCACAUGCAAUAAAAGUAUUGUAACCUAGGAAUAUUACUUCCCUGAGGAUUGGCGUGCUUACAAAGGAAGGAAAACAUACAAAAGUGCCAACCUCAGCAGUCUCUGGCUGCCAAAUGCUGUCUAAAGGCUCAUACAGACCGGCGCGGAAGAUUCGCAGCCUACGCGGAAUGUUCACACCGGAAGUUUCUCGUCACGUGUUGCCUUCGGAGCAGGCAAGCGUCGCGGCUGCGGAUUGGCAGCGUAUAUUCCCCGGCGGAUUUUGUAACGUGGUGGAACGCGCUUUUCCCACUGCUGCUAGUGUUUCGCUGUGGAAGCAGAGGCAAAGACGAAUAUUUUCGUUAGUCUAAUAUUUUCAGCUCGCCAGUGCAUCUGACAAGAUUGCACGGUUAAGAAAUACUUCUGUCGCCAUCCGCUGUCAUAAUUGACUCUCCGGUGCGGACGGUCCCGCGGAUUUCGUCGCCGCGUCUAGCGCGGAACUUUUCGCACACGCUGCGGAUAUUCCGCCCCGGCCUGGGAGAGCUUUAAAGUUGUGGAGCGGGAGCCUGCGUGAAUUCGAUCUCGCGUUCGCUUAUUUUGAAGUGUUUGUAUUACAAAUCCAGUAUGCGAGUUGUUUUGGAAAUGAGUUGUUUGGCAUUUUCAUCGAUCUGUUGAUACAAAGAAAACGUUCAGUGACUUGAAGAGAAGAGUAGUUUUAGAAUGUAGGGAAAACAAAGCCAUGAAUGAUUUUACGAGAAAAAAUAUUCACGGAAAGUAAAAAUAGAAGUGCCUCAUUGUUAAACUGAGUUUGCUUGUAGAGGUCACACUCAGUUACAAUUAACAGCUCCAUGCAAAGCAUACGAAUUAGUGAGCACUUUAUUUGAAUUGUACAAUUUAACAUAAUGCAAAUUAGUGGGUUUAUAGUAACUUGAAAUUUUCACAAUUCCACAUUCAAUUCACAAUUACCAUAAAGUAUAACAAUUGCCAGAUGUAUUUUCCAGCAGGCUCAUAACUUUAAUGUAUUUCAUAUUUAGGUUUACAAGACGUGCUAAUUUUAAGAGUAAAACUGUUUUAGAAAUCUCUUCUUUACUCUCUUGCAGAGAGCUAGUACAGAAGAGGAUAAUGUACGCCUUUUCCACUCGUACUCCUUUUCCCAAAAUUCCUAUAAAGGGUUUUAUAAUGUGUAAUUUCUUGAAAAUUAUUGUAUUAAUAUUUUUAAUAAAAUAUCUUCACUCGUCCAUGUAU